AUGCGCAGAGUUGUGCUAAAUCCUGGGUUCCGGGACAAAGGGGCUUUCAUUACCCCCCCUCCCAAUAUCAAGCCCCCGUUGUGUGUGGCCGGAUGGGGUGGUUGUGCAGGCUGGAUUCACGCUGAUUGUCUGUCUGUUUUGCAGAAUAAUGAUUUUCUCAGGAAUACAGUGCAUCGCCAUGAGCCGCCGGUCACUGCCCAGCCUAUCCAGAUCUUGGUGGAGGACAACGAGAUGGUGGUUGUGGACAAACCCUCCUCUUUGCCAGUACAUCCCUGCGGCAGGUUUCGUCACAACACAGUCAUCUUCAUCCUAGGCAAAGAGCAUGAUCUGAAGGAGUUGCAUACCAUUCACCGACUCGAUCGCAUGACCUCAGGAGUACUUAUGUUUGCCAAGACCGCAGAGGUAUCCAAGAGGAUCGAUGAGCAGGUUCGGGAGAGACAGCUGGAAAAGGAGUAUGUCUGUCGUGUGGUGGGGGAGUUUCCAGAACACGAAGUGGUGUGUGAAGAGCCCAUACUGGUUGUUUCUUACAAAGUGGGAGUGUGCCGCGUGGACCCCAAAGGGAAAUCCUGCAAAACCAUCUUCCAGAGACUCAGUUACAAUGGCAAGACCAGCGUAGUCAAGUGUCUUCCGCGUACUGGCCGCACGCACCAGAUCCGGGUCCAUUUGCAGUAUUUGGGGCAUCCUAUUGUCAACGACCCCAUCUAUAAUAUGGAAGCCUGGGGCCCUGACAGGGGGAAAGGUGGCAAGAUCGAUAAAACGGAUGAAGAACUCCUUAAGGCGCUAGUAGAGGAGCAUCGUUCCAAACAAAGCCUGGAUAUCUUGGGUAUUUUGGAGGAGGACUUGAACUCCAGUGCUGAAAAUAAAGACUGUGCUAAUUCGAGUGACUGCACAAAGUCUGCGCAGGCUGAUCCUAUAAAUGAGAACUCCUGCCCUGCCAAGGACGCUAAGGAUCCCGAGAGAAAUGACACAGCAGCUUGUUCACUGAACUCUGAUACCAACCUGGAAAUGCUUGAAAAAAAUAAAGAACUCACUUCGUGUGAGAUUCAGGACGGGCAGACGGGAGAAAAGAGUUCAGAAGAGAAGGACCCUUUAUGUGUGGAGUGUAAAAUUACAAGGCGGGACCCAUCUCCCAAGGAGCUGGUGAUGUACCUACAUGCCUUGCGCUAUAAGGGAGCGGAGUUUGAGUAUUGCUCCAAGAUGCCCGAGUGGGCAAUGGAAGACUGGGAGGAAUGACUGAGGACGUCUGACACCUACGGACGUUGCCAGCCAGGACAGCGUCUUGUAAAGCCCUAAGAUUUACUUUUUCAGUGGGGUUGAGGUGAACAAACUGCCCGUGACUUGAGAUGGGGUGGGAAGGAUUGUUGGGGCUGGAGAACUGUCCUGACUGCCGACAGGCACGGUAAAAGAUGAGCAGGAAGACGGGGCUACAACACUAGAUUUAUGUUGCCCUUUAGUGAAGUAGCACUUCAGGGCGACACACAUCACUCGGCACAGGCAGCUUUGCCUUUCACCUCAACGUAUUCUGGGUCUGCUGUCGCUUAUCCACACAGAUAAUUAAGUGCAUGCAGUCAGCAACUGAUUUUUCUUCCGGCCUGCUAUGUUCUUGUAUCUUACAAUAAGAGCUGCUGGAAUGUUGUUCAGUAUGCUGGAUGUCAUGUCAUACAUAAAACUAUUUUUACUG